GCUGUGCUUAGUCCAGCUUCGAAGACGCCGUCAGCCCUUCUGCUUGCAGCUUAUGAUGAGAUCGAAGAGAUCCAGGAGGUUGCCGAUGCAUCCGAUGCUGAUGCUGCGCCCAGCCCGGUCGCGGAAGAGCCGGCAGAGCCUUCGGAAGUAGAGGAGGCUCUUGAAGAUGGCAUCAAAGAAGGUGGACCGGGGCAGCCUCUGCCCGCCAAGCGGGUUGGGCGGCCUCCACCAGGCAAGGACAUGCGAGUUGGCAUCCGAGCAUCGGUUCGCCGUUCCAACUCCGGCACAAGGAGCCGCGCAGGCCCCGGCCCCUACCCUGCAAGGGCGUCGAGUCCUGGAGCUGUGAAGGGUUAUCCCGGGAAGCGAUAA